CCGCUCCUCUUCCUGCAGCGACUUUCCACCCGCAGCGCGGCCCUGCCCGGGGGAUGGACAACCAGCGGGAGCUGCCUGCGGCCUCGGCCUCGGCCGGUACCCACCGCCCGGGAUCCCGGCAUUGAACCCCCAGGGGCCCGGCACUCACAGCCCGGGGCCAGUACCCCCCCCCCAGCAUGAACGCCGCCUCCUCAAGUUGCAGCCCCCGCCAGGCGGAGCCCUGUGUGCGCUGGGCAGUGUGAUGGCCGGCGAGCCUGGGCCGGACUGGCUGUGGCUGUGGCCGGGGUGCGGCCUGGUGCUGUGGACGCUGGUGGCGGUGCUGGUGCCGGUGUUGCUGAGCUGGUGGGGCAGCGCGCGGCGGGCACAGCGCUGGGCACAGCUGCGGGACAGCGCGCGGGGCAGCAGGCACAGCUGGCACUGCACAGACCUGUUCAGCAAACCCACCUACUGCUGCCUGUGCGGCCUGCCCGCCCUGCAGGGCGCCAGCUGCCUGUGCUGCGGCGUGUGUGUGGACGACACUUGCCUGUCCCAGGCCGACAGGCAGCUCAAAUGUAAGGAGGUGGCGCUGGUGCCGCGCCCGGACGGCAGCCUGAACCAUCACUGGGUGCGCGGCAACGUGCCGCUGCUCAGCCUGUGCGCCGUGUGCCGCCUGCAGUGCGGGACCCAGCCGCGCCUGUGUGACCUGCGCUGCGCCUGGUGCCAGCAGGUGGCGCACGAUGACUGCGUGGCGGCGCUGCCCUCGCGCUGUGACCUGGGCCACUUUCGCCGGGUCAUCGUCCCACCGCAAUACCUCUACCUGGUCAGCAGGGGGCGCGCAGCCGCCUCCCCACAGCUCACAGCCAUGUGCCCAGAGCACUGGACUCCGGUCCUCAUCCUGGCCAACAGCCGGAGCGGCAACAACAUGGGGGAAGGUCUGCUCGGGGAGUUCCGAAUGCUCCUCAACCCCAUACAGGUUGUGGACCUGAGUGAAGUGCCCCCGGGCAAAGCCCUGCAGCUGUGCCGCCUGCUGCCCCCCCGUUCGGUGCAGGUACUGGUGUGCGGAGGCGACGGCACCGUGGGUUGGGUCCUCAAUGCCAUUGAUGAUAUGAAGAUGAAGGGUGAGGAGGAGCUGGUACCACACGUCGCCAUUCUGCCCCUCGGCACCGGCAACGACCUGUCGCAGACGCUGGGCUGGGGAGGGGGCUACGCUGGCGAUCUUUCGGUGCAGGACAUUCUCCGUCAGGUUCUACAGGGACACAGCGUCUGGCUGGACCGAUGGAAGGUGCGAGUGACCAAGGGCUUUUAUAGAGCAACGGUUUUAUCAAUGAACAAUUAUUUCUCGAUCGGGCCGGAUGCUCUGAUGGCGCUGAACUUCCACCAGCAGCGACAGCGGAGCCCCUCCCUCUUCUCCAGCCGCCUCGUCAACAAGGCUGUUUACUUCUUCUACGGGACCAAAGACUGUCUUGUGCAAGCCUGCAAGGACCUGGACCAGAAAAUUGAGUUGGAGCUGGACGGGGAGCGGGUGCAGCUGCCGAGGCUGGAGGGCAUCAUCAUCCUGAACAUCAGCUACUGGGGUGGCGGCUGCCGUCUGUGGGAGGGGAUGGGCGACGAGCCGUACCCACAGGCCAGCUGUGAUGACGGGCUGCUGGAGGUUGUGGGUGUUUACGGCUCGUUUCACUGCGCUCAGAUUCAGGUGAAGUUGGCGAACCCGGUGCGGCUGGGCCAGGCUCACACUGUCAGAGUGAGUAACCACGCGUGUCGAUAUGUGUCGCUGGUGCUGAGAAGUGGGUCGAUGCCGAUGCAGGUGGAUGGGGAGCCCUGGGCGCAGGGACCCUGCACCAUUGUGAUUACACACAAAACGCAGGCCCUGAUGGUUGCUCAUGCGGGUGAGCACUCGGAUGAGGAGGAUUCAAGUCAUUCUGAGACCGAGAUGGAGUGACUGACGGCAGCCGUGCAGGGGGAGGGGAAGCAGCUGAGGUCGGGGCUGAGUGGCUGGUGGAUACCCUGAAUCAGUGUAGAACAUGUGCUUGGGUGUGUGGGGGGGGUGAGGCCCAACGACUAGGUAGCAGCACAACAGGACCUGGGGUCUCGUUCCCCCCCACACCACCCCGCGGAGGUCCAGUGUUUGGAGGGCUUCUACACCAGCCCCGAUCCCUCUGCCCAAUGUCAGACUUUAGAACUCUAGUGUCUGAUCUCAGCCGAGUGGAGGUUUUUGUGGACGAGAUGUUGUGAGUUUGGUUCCUGCCCUGAGACUGAGCGCUCGCUAAUAUUUCAUUUUUUUUAAAAAAGUUUAUUUAAGAGUCA